AUGAGCGAGACGUCUAAGUCCAAGGGUGCCCUCGGCUUCAAAGGGGACUCUUUGCACAGCGCGAGUGAUAUUUAUUACUGCCGCAAGUAUGCGGCCAUUGUGGGCAUUUUCUUCGUGGACAUUCCCUUCGCGAUCUUCCGAGCGGUUUUGUGGCUACUGCUCGUGAAGCAUACGAUAUUCGGCCCUUUUCUGCUGAAGAACAUCUGUUUCAUCAUGAUCCAGGCUGCGCGCAUCCGCCACUGCUCGAUUGGUAUCCGCACUCUGGACUACUCGAAGGCGCUUAACGAAGCCAACGAGGAUGACAAGCAGCCUACUCUGGUAACCGAAACUGCUGCGGAUGAUGAUCGCCCAUCUGUCCUGGGAGACUUCGCCGAGGUCCACGAAGGCAGCCGAUCCGAACACAGGAAGUCGUUUGUGCGCUUCAAUACGACACCUGAGCUUUUACAAGAUAAUGUUACUAACGACCAGCCCGCACCUAGGCGUAACACGAGCGUUACAACGACCGAGCAUGGUGAGGAGGGAUUCACGAGGAUCACGAUUCCCGAGGGAUUCUCUGUAACAGUGGUGAACUUCAAGGCUCUGUUCCAGAAGAUCGUGCUGGCAAUAAGUGUGGGUAGCAAGUGUGAGAUGGCACAUCUGCUCGACUCUACUCUGCAGCUGUCACUGUGGCAGAACGCCAUGAUCGCGAUUCCGCAUAUCGUGUUAUGGGCUGUGGAGGUUACUAUUGUGAUCGCAUUUUAUAGGCUGGAUUUGCAGCGCAUGACCAAAUACCUCGACUUAUUCCAUUUCCGUGGCCUGGUGAGCGUGUCGUUCGCCGAGCUUCCGCUCUGUCUGCAGGUUACUCCAUGUCUCAUCAUUGCAGCCAGUCUGGUGAGCUUCAUCUGUUGGAUUAUGAUUGGCCCUCUCAUCGGAGCUCUGUUUGUCGCUUUCCAGGUCUUUGUCUCCUUGAUAUCGUUUUCUUUUGUGCUUUUGUCGCUGUCCGAGUUCAUCCCGGCGCUGCGCAUCCUGUCGUUCAUCUCGGAACAUACCAUGGGAACCCCCAGAGACUACCUCUUUUUCAUGUUCGGGAUGCGCCCAUUUUUGAACCUGUUGAGCGGCUUGUAUCCGUUCCUGUGUCUUACUCUGGGAAAGCACUACAUCUUUUACAUAAACCCUUCACUGGUGAGUACGGAAGGCGCCGACCUGCUAGGCGAUUCUGUGAAGCUCAUCAGCGGCACAUUCGCUGUUAAUAAGGAAGGUUUGGUACAAGAUGAGUCGUUCCCAAUAUCGCUGGCGUCUCUGCUCGUUUUGACGAAUGCGGUGAUCAUGUGCGCACCUCCAUCCGCGCACUCGCUGUUGAUCGGCCCAAACCUCAUUAAGGCCAUCAGGCUGGAUAGAGCUCUGGCGAACAGCCACAAGAACGCGUUCAUGCGAACGUGCAUGAUUCGGCUCUACUGCAUGUUGAUGGUGGUGGGCAACAACGGCCGCGCGUAUUCGUGCGCGAUUGUGUUCUACAUCGUGCACAUGCUGAUGAUACCGCUUUAUGCCCUGUUGUCUCGGGCGGUGCGGCGCGCCAACAUCGAAGCUGUGCACAAGCAAGCCAUUUGCGUGGACAUCCUGAAGGAGACCCGAAGCCAGCGUACCAGGUACAACAAGCUGCUGACGUAUGAGAAGGCGCAUGUGAACACCGCUCCUUUGAGAGAGAACCACUGGAUCUUCAAGAAAUACCGACGCAACAUGACAUUUCUCUAA